AUGCCACGGUCAAAGGCUGAAGUGGGAUCGAAGAAGGAGGUGGCCAUUCCCCGGCCCAGUUCUAGCGUAAUUCUCGUUUCUCCAAAGAAUGAGAUCCUUCUUUUGCAUCGUGUCCAGACAUCUUCAUCUUUCGCAUCUGCCCACGUCUUCCCAGGUGGGAAUCUUUCGACGCAGGACGGACCAUGUCCGCCAGCUGAUGACCAUGCCGUGCACGAUGACGCACCUCAUUACCGCAAUGCGGCUAUCAGAGAGCUUUUUGAGGAAAGCGGAAUUCUUCUGGCUAAAGAUGCGAGUACUGGAAAGAUGGUCGUGCUAGACGAGACCACCAGAGAGCAAGGCCGACGACUAAUUCAUCAGAACAAAGUCACUUUCGAUAAGUGGCUGAAACAGCAACACCCGACCGCUGAGCCAGAUAUCGGUAAAUUAAUCCCGUUUACUCGGUGGGUGACGCCUACAAAUGUCCCCAAACGAUACACUACGCAGAUGUAUAUCUAUUUCAUGCCAUUACCCGUCAAUAUAGAGAAAGGGUUACUUGAUGAGCUACCAGCUGAAGGGGAGCGAGAAGAGAUCCAAGUCCCAACUAGUGAUGGCGGCAUCGAGGUUACUGAGGCGCAAUUCCUUCCAGCUUCGGAAUGGCUUCGUCGGGCACAGGCUGCGGAAAUCAUUCUUUUUCCUCCACAAUUCCUUCUCUUGCAUUUGGUCUCUAGUUUCCUUGACCAGGAGCCCCGGUCGGGUGCUUCUAUGGAAGAAUUGGAAAAACGCCGAGCAGCACUCGUCGAGUUUGUUUACUCGGGGUCACCAGCUUGGACAGACAAGUGCAUCUCACCCAGAAUGCUUAAGAUGACUGAGGAUGGGCGGUCAGUUUUGGCACUCGACAAUGCUGGACCCGAGUUGAAAGGGUCUGGUCGGCAAGGCGAGCCAGAUCGGGUUGUGGUAUUGAGGUUUAAGAAGGGAAGUGCAAGGGAGGUGUCUGUAGCAUGGAAGAAGGAUGUACUAAAGGAAGGGAGGAAAGGAGAAAGCAAUCUUUAG